GGUUUGGAAAACAUCACAUUCAAAAGUAUCACCAUUGUAGUCAUUGUAAUAGUCAUGGUGAUUGUGGUAGCAGGGGUAGUCACCGUGGCGGUGAUUAAAAAAUGCAGGUGUGACCAGAACCAAAGGUCCUCUAGGCCUGAAGACCCACAACAGCACAGUUUAUUUCCUCCAGAAAGAAGUGUCUGAAAAUGCUAAGAUGCAAGGGCUUCGCGAGCUUCCUCUAAACUAAAAGAGACCAUCUCAAAGGGGCACGUGUUGGUCCAAGAGACCCCAGUGUGAAAAACCACCACCACCUCAUUUCAGCAGCUAUCAAAACCGUUGAACAGUGCCUUUUGAAUCUACGGCCAGUUUGACUAAGUGGUAAAGUGCUGGAUAUUCCUCUGUAGGGAACUGUGGAGUUGUGUGGAACACUGACUAUAACUCUGGAUACACCUGCUACAAUGACUGCGUGUUCACAGGAAUGAUUUUCCAAAAACAUCAGGGUAGUGUUGCCCAGUAUUAUAGGGUCCAGGGUGCACAUCGCUGUGAGAAAUUGUUCUUCCAAACAACCUUGGACGCUAUCCAUUUGAGAGAUGCUAGCUGAAUUAUGACUGUCCGGGUCAUACCAAACCAAUAUCGAGGCGUUGGUAGAUUGAUGAUGUGAUAUCAAGCUGUUUGAUAGUGGUUCACUGGUGUUUAGUGUGUUGAAGUCUCUUUUUCUACAGACAUAUGCGCCAUCGACAGAUGGAAAUCUUAAUUCUACCCUGCAAUGUAACAAUAACAACAAUAACAAUAACAACAGACUUUAUUAAUCCCAACGGGCAAUUUAAACAUGGGAGCUGUGUCCAAAAUAUAUUUAUAUGGGAAAAAAAACAAAAACAAAAAAACACACACACACAUGCACACCUACCCAUCGGCAUUGUAACCAGGUGGCGCUUGAAACAUCCGCUUCGUUCGGAUAAUGUGUUACAACUAAAGAGUGUACUACAACAGCUUUGACAAGAGCAGACAACUUUGUUUUAUCUGGUCUACCCACUUCCCCCAAAAAGGAGAAGUAAUAAAACCACCAUUAGCCAGGGUUUCCUAUGCUGAAAACAAGAAAAGAAUGCUUACCAUUUGUAAGACUUGGUAAAUGGUAAACUAUACAUAUUUUAUAGACAAGUUUCUUUGACUGUUUAUGAGAAGUGACCUGCACCAUGUUUAACAACUGGCAUGGUUUGGGGGCAUUCCCCGCAGUUGCAGCUGCAGCACAGGCUCAAGCUCAAACUGUUUAUGGACAAGUUCAAGGACUGGCAGCUACAGGGCAGCCUAUGAUUGGGAUGGGCUUGGAUGCCCUGGGAAAUCCACAACAACAGCAGCAAAUGUAUAACUGGUAUUACAGCCAUUGGCCACAAAACAUGAUGGCACCUCAACAGGCAUUCCCUGGAAUAAUGCAACAGCAGUAUCCUCCUUUGCCAGAAGGAGGUCAGAAUGCUCCCCCUGCUCCUCCUCCUGCAGAACCACCUGCAGAUGUCAGACCACCACUUCCACCAGAGCCUCCUCCGGAUGAGAAGAGUGGAAACAGUCAAGCAAGGAUGGCACCAAGACUACCUGGAGGACCUCAAGCUCAAGUACAUGUAGGGAAGGAACCCACUUGGCAGCAGCAGAAGAUGCCUGCAUUACAACAACAAUGGCAGCCUCCUCCCCCACCUGCAGAAGAUCCACCUCAGCCACCUUCAUCCACCCAAUCAGGAAAAGGAGAUAAAAAGCCAGUUGAUCCUGCACUAAGCUUAGCAUUUGACAAUGUGAUCAAAGAACAGCAAGAAUUUAUUACACAGUAUGAGCAGUGGAAACACCAAUAUACUAAUUGGCAAGAGCAGAAUAAAAACCAUCCAAACAAGGAACAGUUUGACCAGUACUUAUCACAGUGGAAACAUUAUGAACAGCAGAUGGAGGAUCGAAGACGAGACAUAAUGAGACGGAAACAGGAAAUUAAGGAGAAAAUGAACGUUUCAGCGACACCUGCAGUAGCAUUGUCUCUUGGAGAUACCCAGAAAAUGGGAUUGGGACCACAUCAAAGUGCUCCGGGUGUACGAGGUCCUCAAGAUUCCAGUGCAAAGUUUGGAGGUUCAACCACACCAGGUGUGUCUGCACCUAUAGACCAGAGUAAGGACUCAAGGUUGUUUGGGAGAGGUGUUCCCAGCAUUAACAAGAGACCUAGGAUACAUACUUCUCAAGAGCAUGGUGACAAUAAACGGGAGCCUUCAUAUGGGAACCCUGACAGGCUGCACAAUCCACAUGAUGCUAACUCAAAACCAAGUCUUUUGGGAGAAAAACCUCCUGGCCUGCUGGGAGAUAAACCUCCUGGACUUUUGGGGGAUAAACCACCUAGUCUUUUGGGGGAUAAACCACCUAGUCUUUUGGGGGAUAAACCUCCUAGUCUUCUGGGAGAUAAACCUCCAAAUCUUUUAGGAGAUAAACCUCCAAGUCUUCUGGGAGAUAAACCUCAAAGUCUUCUGAGAGAUAAACCAUUAACUGUUGCAGGCACUAGCAUGGGUUCAAAUUACAGUGAUGGAGGUCAGGGAGGAUUUGGGCCAAGAGGUGCUGGGGGUAUGCAGAGACAUGACCAGGGUCAUUUCCAAGGUCCUGGCCAGACAGGAUUGCUGGGUGAUGCUCCACCACAGUUCCAAGGUCAACCAAACAUGGACAUGUCAGUCCAGGCUGGGCAAGGCAACGGCAAGUCAUACCCUGGCCCUGGCAUUGGAGGAAACCAAGUUGGGGGUGGAGAAGAUGACAUGGAUCUUGAAGAGAGCCAGGAUCAAGAGGAUUUUCGACAAAGUUUUCAGAACCGUUCAUCCCAUCAUUUCCAUGGAGGGCCAGGCCCACAAAGGUUCCCAGGACCUCAGUCACAGAGAUUUCAAGGACCACCUCACCAACAAGGUCCCAGUAUGCCUGGACCUCAGAAUUUUAGAGGUCAGGGGUCACAAGAUUUCAGUGGACAAAGGGGACGAGUCAUACCCUCUGUGGGGCCUCAUAGUAUGCAGGGUCCUGGUCAAAGGGUUUCCAGGUCCAGUGCAAAGAUUCCAAAGACCUGCCCAUGGUGUGGGAGGACAUGA